UUGAGUUCUGAAUUAUUUUAUCUUUUUUGCAGUUAUUAUAAAUAUUGAUUUUAUUAUUGUGAUAAUGAAUUAAAGUAUUCAAGAAUUGAAGAAUGAAAAGAACUAAACACAGUUGAAAAACUUACUAAAAAUAGUGGAUUAUUACGAUAUUUCCCAAUUUGCAAAUUUUGAGGUUAGGUUUCAGAAAUUUGCGGCAACCCCGGCAAAUCAUCUUUUGCAAUUAAAAUAAAGUUCUAUUUAUUAUGGAGGGAGGUGGAUAUUCUGGAGACGGAGAAUUGGGAGGCUCGAGAAAUGGACAAAAUCAAUCGGGCAAAAAGUUACAGCAAACGCAGGCUAAAGUUGAUGAGGUCGUGGGAAUAAUGAAAGUAAAUGUAGACAAAGUUUUAGAAAGAGAUCAAAAACUUUCCGAAUUAAAUAGUCGAGCGGACGCAUUGCAAGUUGGUGCCAGUCAAUUCGAGCAGCAAGCGGGGAAAUUAAAACGAAAAUAUUGGUGGAAAAAUCUCAAAAUGAUGAUCAUUAUUGGCACAAUUGCAGUCGUUAUUCUCAUCAUUAUUAUCGUAUCGUGUCUGCCGAGCGACGAUUCUUCUCCUAAUAACAAAAAUUAGGAACUCCAUCGAAAUGAAAAAUGAAAAAAGAAAAAAAGAAAAAAUCAACAAGAAAACAAUUGUGUCUCUCUAAAAUGUAAGUUUUUAACGAAAAAAAAAAUUGGUUUAGAAAUGGAAUUAUAUUUUUGAGACUUUGUUUUUUGAAAAGUGCCAAACGUGCACGAAAAAAACAAUAAUUAGAAAGAAUUUUGAGAUGG